GUCGUUUGGUAUUUUUUAGCAAAGCCGAAAUAAUUAUCUUUUACAAGAUAUCAGCCUAGUAUGUGUACGUGUUAUCGUUCAAAAUCUGUAAUAAAGUUCCUAAAAUUUUGUUGUUUCCUGCGUUUCGUUAAUGAAAGUGCAGAUAACGGAUGGAAGUUUUACGCAACGUUUUAGUGUGCAAGGCAUUUGGUACACAGCUUUCAAUUUGCUCGUGUAAUUCAGUUAUUGCUGCUAACAUAAUUCUGAUAGAUGCACGAUGUAGAUUUUAUGUUGCUACAACAGAUACUCCUGAUAAACUGAGUGGAGACGAUGAGAUCCAGACCUGGGCGCAAGAGUUGGUGAAACCCAAGGAAAAAGGCGGGUGCGGAAUAUUGGGUGUACCAGGCAAUGGGCACUUCACUAGCAACGACCAGCUCGUCCUCGUCCUCACCUCCAUCAUCUCCACAUGCAGUCUUCUUCACGCAGCUUUCAACUUCCCACAGUAUGACACUUACGGCUUCGCGCCAAACUAUCCUCUGAUGAUGAAAGGGAGGCCACCCAAAGACAAGAACCCAUUGACUGAACAGGACAUUGUGAAUACAUUGCCGGACAAAGCUGUGACCUUGGACGCCAUGUUAAUCGUAAAACUGCUGAGUCAGAAGGGAACCAACUCUCUGGGCGACUUUGAGGUUAAAUUUGCGUAUGAUCCAAGAGCAUUGAAAAUUAUUGAAUCAUUCCAGCAGAAACUAUCGGAAAUAAGCAAGCUCAUAAAGGAGAGAAACACAAGAAGAAAACCAUAUCCCUGGCUGGAUCCCGAGGACGUGCCAAACGCCAUCAGCAUUUAAAUGGCGAUAAACAUCUUCAGUUUCCCAUGUUUUCCAAGGAUCUUCAGAACGUUAAUAUAUUAACAUCAGGCUAGACAUAUUAAUAACAACGACAAAAUCGAUAUGAGUGGAAUAAAUCAUAAGUGUUAAAUGUACUUAUAAAGAAGCAAUUACUAUCCAUUGUAAGGCGUUUUGGUAUAUAACUACUCAGAAUGAUUACUCACUAAAACAGCCACACCAUCUGAAAUUUAUACACCCAAUUACAACAUUAUGGCCACAAACUGAACAGGUUAGCCGACAUUAAGACUUUUCAAAAAAUGUAGUUUUUUCAUACUAUACAGCGAAAUGCUCUCAGAAUAUGAUAAACGACCACAGUAAUACAGUGUGUUGGAAUGUACGAUUACAUAUAUUUGUAUGAGUCACAUCUGGAGACCAAGGAACCA